AUCAAGAUGAAUGAUCUUAUGACAAAGUCAUUUCUAAGUUACGUCGAGUUGAAAAAGCAAUGCCAAAUCGACGUCGAACAAGAAAGGGACUUAGAGAUGGGAACUCUACACGAGGAGGGCCAAAAAAAUCUCUUGGAAUUUUUCAAAGAAGCCGAGGAGAUCAAAGCCAUAAUGAAACAGAUUUCGGAUCUCUUGCUCGAUCUCCAAACUCUAAACGAAGAGACUAAAUCGACAUACAGUGCCAAAAUCCUCCGAGGUCUAAGGGACCGAAUGGAUUCGGACAUGGUAGCCGUGCUCCGGAAAGCCAAGGUUGUCAAGGAAAAAUUGGAAUCCCUCAACAAAUCCAACGAAGAAAACCAAAAAAUCUACGCCGAAGGCAGCGCAGUCCAUAGGACGCGCAUUCUAACAACAAAUGGACUGCGAUCCAAGCUUAAGGACAUCAUGGAUGGCUUCCAAGCCUUGCGCGAAAAAAUCAUGUCCGAUUACAAGGACGGAUUGAGGAGGAGAUAUUACAACGCGACGGGGGAGUAUCCGAGCAAGGAAAUAAUAGAAAAAAUGGUGUUGGGAAAUGGGAAGGUCGAGAUAUUCGAAAAGAAAGCCGAGAUGUAUAUGGAGAACCGAGAGAGGCACGAGGCGGUGAUGGACAUAUGGAGGAGUUUGAACAAGCUGCAUCAAGUGUUUCUUGAUAUGGCCGUUAUGGUCGAGGCUCAAGGCGAUCGGAUUGAUGACAUCGAGCGUAAUGUCGCCGUGGCGGCGAGUUACGUCAGCGGCGGAACCAACAGUCUUUUCUAUGCUAAGCAGACGAAGGAAGAGGGCAGGAAGUGUGUGUGGUGGGUGUGGUCUAUAGGGUUUAUUGUAGUUGUAGUUUGUUUGGUUGCAUUGUUGACAAGUUAG